AUGGACUUGAGAGUUGGAAGAAAGUAUCGUUUGGGCCGCAAGAUCGGUGCCGGUUCGUUUGGUGAUAUUUACAUGGGUACAAACAUCAUCACCAGAGAAGAAGUAGCAAUCAAAUUAGAAUCAAUCACUGCGAAGCAUCCUCAGCUUGAAUAUGAAGCCAGAGUUUAUAGAGCCCUUAGCGGAGGUGUUGGGAUUCCAUUUGUGAGAUAUUACGGUACUGAUUGUGAGUUCAACUGUAUGGUUAUUGACUUGCUUGGACCUUCAUUGGAAGACCUUUUUAACUACUGUAAUAGAAGAUUUUCCUAUAAGACAGUUUUGCUUUUGGCAGACCAACUACUUUGUCGUCUUGAAUAUAUUCAUGCCAGAUCAUUCAUCCACAGAGAUAUCAAACCAGAUAAUUUCUUGAUGGGUACCGGCAGAAGAUCAAACCAAGUGAAUGUAAUUGACUUUGGGUUAGCUAAGAAGUACAGAGAUAAUAGAACUUAUAUGCAUAUUCCUUACAGAGAAAACAAAAAUUUAACUGGUACGGCCAGAUAUGCCAGUAUCAACACACACUUGGGUAUUGAGCAGUCAAGAAGAGAUGAUUUGGAAAGUUUGGGAUAUGUUUUUGUAUAUUUCUGCAAAGGAUCUUUACCUUGGCAAGGUUUGAAGGCAGCAACUAAGAGACAAAAAUACGAGCGUAUCAUGGAAAAGAAAGUUACGACUCCAAUUGAAGUGUUGUGUAAAGGCUUGCCAAAUAUUUUUGAGCGCUACUUUGAAUACGUCAAAAACUUGAGAUUCGAAGAUAAACCAGAUUAUGGUUUCCUUAGAGGAAUAUUCAGAGAUUAUUAUUUGGAACAGCAUUACAGAUAUGAUUACAUUUAUGACUGGACAAUAGUUAAAUACCAACAAGCUAAAUUAGCCCAGAAGAAUAGCAAUGGCGAAGAAGAAGAAGCCGGUGCAUCUAAUCAAAAGAGCUCCACUAGAGCUCCUUUCCUUUUAGACCCUACUAUUGUUCCUCCACAUCAAGCUAAUCAAAUAGUGUUUUAUCAACCAAACCAACCGGAGGCGCCACAGACACAGCCUAACGUUUCAAAGGCUGCUCCUCAAACACAAGUUCCGGUCCAAGCCCCUGCUCAUGCCCAGGCCCAGGAGGACCCAAGUUUAGUUCCAAAUAUAUCUUUAGUUGUUUCCCCAAACAUGCCUCAAGAACAAGCCGAUGGCAAUAAAGCAAAGAAAGACCUUGUUUCUUCUGCAUGGCUUUAA